GAAAGUGUCGGGAUUUUAAAGGCAGAAUCGCCAUUUUAUCAAGAAACAUUUUAUCAAGAUUCUGGAAUAAUGUAAAGAUACUCUGCGUUUCAAGAGUCAGACUGAUACACAGGACCUGGUUUCCUUACAGCCAUAAACAUCUAAGCAAUGGCUCAUCAAGAGAAUGACGGAUCUCUGUGAAAAAUCACCGCAGCAGACGGAGGACCAGCGUAUCCGUCUGCUGCAAGAGGUGAUCUACUGGCUUCACCAGCUGGAGGUCCGGGAGGACCCCGGACUACUGGAUUUAGCCAGCCGGAGCGGGACCCGCCUUCAGGAGACCCAGACCUCACUCCCCAACCUCUUGCUGGAGUAUCUGAAGGAGCUCGAUGAUGAUGAGUUGAAGGAGUUUAAAUGGAAACUGAGUCACACAAAGUAUAAAGUAUUAAAGCCCCUUCCCAGGGGUCAGGUGAAGCACUUGGAUAGAAUAGACCUCGCUGACAGGAUGAUAAGUUACUACAUGGAAGCUGAUGCUCUUGAAGUCACACUUGAAAUCCUGAAGAAUAUGAACUUGAAUGACCUUGAUGAGAGACUGAAUGAAGACCUGCAGAAGUGUAACCGAGUAGGAAAUGGGCUGGGUGACAUAUUGGAGAAAACCUCCAGGAUCGGCACCAGAUCCCCGUGA